AAGCCAUCUCAAUAAUUCAAUUAUUUAUUUUAUCUCUCUUACUUAAUCAGCCUGCAAAACAUAAAAUAAACUCGAGCAUCGUUCCAUUUCUAGUAACCACAAUAUCUUCUUUUCUUCUUCCUCUCCAUCUUCUUCUUGUUUCUGCAACAUAUAUUUCAAGUCAAUGGCUGCAGCAACAGCAUGUUGCUUUUCUCCUGCUAAUUCUCUCUCCAUCCAAAAAUCUGGGCCAGUUUUAAAGCCUUUCAGCAGAGUACUGAGGCUGAAAAGCAGUCAACUAACAGUGAAGAUCAAAAGCUCAACCCUCCAGAUCAGAUCCUCCUUGAGAGAAGAGGUUUUUGAGGAUCGGUCCAAUGGAAUAAUAUGCUACAAGGAUGACAGAGGGGAGAUAAUUUGUGAAGGGUUUGAUGAGGGUCCUAGGUAUCACCAACAUAAUCCAAGAACACCUUGGCAACCCAGAGACACAGAGAUCUUUGAUCAUCUUCAACAGAGGUGGAUUAAUUUCAUAACAGGCACAGAAUUGAGCCGUGGCGACAAAGGCAGUGUUUUUCUGCAAGAGGACAUAAAAAACUGCAAUGGCUUCAACACUUUCCGCUAACCAGAUCAUGCCAAGUGUUUCCAAGCAACUCUUGCCAACCAUAUCAACGGUUCCCAAUUACAGUAUGUAACAUAUAAAGAAACGCAUAUCCUUCAAUCAAUCAUAAAAUUGAAUAACAUACAUAAAUGCAGUGUCUUUGAAGCACAUUCUUUUUUUUUU